AUGAUUACAAAACGAUUAUUUUCGAAAGACGACAAUGAUGAACAAAUUAUUAUUACUUGUUUUCAUCCGGAUAAUAAAAUCGAAGAUAUGAAGAAUCAAUUGAAUCAAAUGAAUAAUCAUGUUAUUUUUUAUACAGAAUUGGAAUCAUGCAUUUCUUUAAUUCAAUCAAUUCAAAAGGAAAAAAUUUUCUUGAUUAUUUUUGAUUCUUAUGUUUGUGAAUCGGUAUCUCAUAUCGAUAUUUUUCAGCAAGUACAUUCAAUUUUUAUCUUUUAUACAAAACCUGAAGACUUUAAAUAUUUAUUUCAUGAACAACUGAAUAUAAUUGGAGUUUAUCAUCGAUUGGAUUUUUUCUAUUCAGCUCUUCAAGAACAAAUUAAUCUAAUAGCUGAACAGUUUUUUCAAUGGACAUUUUAUGAUCAAACAAAUUUCCUCAAAAGAGAUUUAUCGAAACAAUCAAGUAAUUUUCUUUGGAUGCAAUUAUUUCAUGAUGCGAUUUCGUAUUUUCCUCAUGAUGAACAAGCAAAAGAAGAUAUGAUGAAUAUCUUCCGUCUUUAUACUGAUGAAAAAUUAUAUCAAUCUAAUGAUGCUAUUCAAUGGUAUUUACAUAAUUCAUUUCUUCAAAAAUUAAUAACUAAAUCAUUGCAAAGAAAAGACAUCGAUCAACUUUAUCAAUUAAGAUAUUUUCUUGUUGAUCUUAUCAAAAAUUUAACUCGUGAACAUCAACAACUAAUUCAAUUUCAUACAGAAAAUGUUGUUAUUCAUCAACAAAUAAAAUUAUCAAAACAUGAAUUAAAUCAUUUCAAACAAAAACAAGGUCAAAUGAUAUCAUUGAAAGGAUUUCUAUUAGUAAAGCAGGAUAUUGUAUUACCACAACGAUCAGAUUUAAUCGAUGUUCACUUAGAAAUUAAAUGUAAUCUAAAAGAAUAUCAGAAUAAAAACGAAGUUUUAUUUGAUUUGAACGCAACAUUUCAAGUGGAAAAUAUUGAAGAAAAUGAUCAAACAAUUUUUAUUCAACUAGCUGCAGUUAAUUAUGGACGAAUGAUUAAAGAAAAAUAUCUCACUGAUACACAUCGACAAAUAGAGAAUUUAAGUAUUCCAAUUAUUUUUAGUAAAUUAAUGUGUGAUAUGAAUGAAUGGAAUCAAUCAAGAAAAUAUCUUCAAUAUUUAUUAAUUCAUUCAAAUGAACAAGAUUUACCAUGGAUUGAAUAUUUUAUUGGUGAGACUUUCUAUGAGAUUGGACAAUUGAAUGAAGCACGAUUAUGUUACGAUCGAGCGAUUAAAAGUAAUAAAAUUAAUCUUCAAGAUUCGGCUGUAGUUCUUUCUGCUAUUGGUAAAGUUUUAUAUUCACAAGGAAAAUAUGAAGAAGCGUAUGAUUUUUAUCAACAAGCGUUGACAAUUCAAAAACAAUUUUACCUUUCGGAUCACGCACAUAUUGCUAAUAGUUUAGAUGAUAUUGGCCUUGUUUUCGGCAGAAGAUUACAAUAUGAUCAAGCUCUUGAUUUUCUUCAACAAGCAUUGGAAAUUCGAGAGAAAUAUUAUGAAAAUUUUCAUGUUGAUAUUGCCAUUAGUUUGAACAAUAUUUCUG